AUGAAAACUCAGAACAAUUUAGAAUCUGACUACUUGGCCCGAGAUGGCCCUUCAAGCAACAGUUCAUUCCACAGCAGCGAAGAGGAAGGGACUGAUCUCGAGGGGGACAUGCUAGACUGCAGUGGGUCCCGACCUCUCCUCAUGGAGUCUGAAGAAGAGGAUGAGAGCUGCAAGCCUCCGCAAGGGAAACUGGGAGGAGCCAUUCCAUUCACUCAGCCAGAAGUCUCUACUGAGCAAGCAAAAGCAGGCCAAGGUGGAAGAAAGAACCAGUUCCAAGCCCUCACACAACCGACCACUGAUGGUCUCGGGGAGCCAGAUGUUUUUGCCACAGCUCCCUUCAGGAGCUCAAGGGUUCCAACUGAUGACAUGGAUAUUUUCUCCAAAGCUCCAUUUGUCUCCAAGGGCAGUGUGGCUCCUUCCCAGCCAGAGGAGGCGGACGUGUUCUUGAGAGCUCCUUUUACCAAGAAGAAGAGCAUGGAGGAAUUAGCAGUUGCCCAGAGCGCCUCCCAGGAGUUGCCCGUGCAGGCCAGUCUCCUCAACCAGACUGACGAUGUUCCUUUGCUCCCAGGCCUAGAGAGGGCAGCGUAUGCCCCCGUCCGAGCUCAGUAUUCCAUGGCUGCUUUUGUCCAACAGUCUAACCACCCCUCCCAUUCUGUACAAGCAGCAGACCAUCUAGACAGCAUCUCUCCCAGGGGAUCCUCCCUGGAACCUGGGGGUCAUCCUAACGACAGAAACAAAGGACCUCAGCCCCAGAAAGAAGCUGUCUCAGGCCCCAUGGCUGGCAAACCAUUCCGCCCCCAGUCUUUAUCCAAAUAUUCCCGUCACUAUAGCCCAGAAGAUGAGCCAAAUCCAGAAGCCCAGCCCAUUGCUGCCUACAAAAUUGUUUCACAGACCAACAAACAGUCGAUAGCUGGCUCUGUUUCCAUCACAUCCCUUUCCUCCAGGACUAUGGAGCUGCCACCUGCAGAUCCUUUUGCUUUAGCACCCUUUCCUUCAAAAUCAGGCAAGCAGAAACCUUAG